AUGGCCCAACAAUAUAGAAUCGAAAGUCAAUUUAAUAGUGCUGAUUUAAAUCGUGAUGGAACAAUCGAUGAAAGAGAAUUUCGACAAUUUCUUGGACCAGUUAGAGAUGAACAAAGAUUAUCGGGAAAUAUUAAUCAUCAAGAUAUUCAAAAUUUUCAAAUAUCUAAUGCAACUCAAGUAAUAACAUAUCCAGUUGGUCUUGAUGUAGCUGUUGCUGGUUUUACACAAAAUCCAGGAGAUUAUGAAAGAUAUACAGGAGGUUUUCAUCAAUCAGGAGCUCAUACAUAUGGUGUUGGUCCUGAUGUUGGUAUUGGUGCACCAAAUGUUGCUAGAAAAAGUAAUCAAUAUGAUCCGGCUGGUGCUAUGUUUGAUUAUGCUGAUAUUAAUCGUGAUGGAAAAAUUGAUAAAUCUGAAUUUGGAUCAUUUAUGCGUUCGAUAAAUUGUCAUUCACUUCAAUGGAUUUUUAUAAAAAUUUUACGAUUAUAUCCGCCAAAUAAAAAUAUCUAUCGAAUAAAUUUAAAAACGGAUCAACAUGUAUGUAUUAGUGUACAAUAUAUUUAUUGUGAUAAAAAUGAAGAAUUAAUUGUUGAACAAGAAAAUUCUUAUUUACUAUUUUUAAUAUCUUCUCCCGUUCGAUUUGGGUUUGCCUAUACAUUUGCUGAUGUUCUUAUAGCUGAAAUUCUUGAAUAUUGCCCUGUUUUCAAGAUUGCAGAAGAAUCUGCGCCAUUACCUAUUAAUAAGCUAUUAGAUCUAGACCAUGAUUCAUAUAAUGAUUUGAUAAUAAUUAUAUGA